AUCAAGCACCUUUACUCGAAUGAAAUUAUCACGUAUCCGUACGUCAACAUUUCCUUCUCCUUCUCCUGUUGAAUGUCUGGAUUGCAUCUGGUGAUGCAAUUGAGAUAGCAAAAGCUUUUGCUGUGCACAUUUCACACUCAUUACAAUGAUUCUUCGACGGCCAUUCCUCGCUUCACGACCAUCAAUUCAGGUCUGUCUGCAAUGCCUGCGCAACUCAUCGACGGCCACCCGUGUGGCUAAGCGACCAGUGCCACCUCCGACACCUUUCGUACCUGAUGUGCAGACUUUUCUCACCCUCAUCGGCCGCCAGCUUUCGCAGCACGCAUCCAAGAUUCCUUCCUGGGACGCAUUGUUCCGACUUAGCUCCACGCAAUUGCGGGACUUGGGCAUCGACCCGCCACGAGCCAGGAGAUACUUGCUGAGGUGGAGAGAGCGGUUUAGGCAGGGCCAGUAUGGCAUUGGAGGUGAUCUCGAACACGUUAAAGAUGGCGUUGGAGAAAUCAAGAUUUUCGAAGUGCCUGUGCCGGAAGAGUGGAAGGCAUCCAAUCCGUCAGCAGAUAUGGCGACCGCUAACAGGUCUCCCGGAAUGCGGCAUGUGGCUAUUAACGUGCCCAACGGUGAGGAAAUGCCCACAAAGCCAUUGGAGGAGUGCGUGCCUGUAAAACACGUCAAAGCGAAAGGUUGGAAUACCAUUGUUGGGAAAAACGUGUACAUGAUCAAUGGAGAGAAAGCGCAAAUAAAAGUACAGGAGGGACUCUGGGAGGACAGGAGAGGUCACAAAGUCGACGGUGGUGAGCGGAGGAAGGCAGAGGUGCGCUUCAAGCGAAGGGCUGAGGAAAAGAAGAAGACGUCUUGAUCCGUCGUGUCUCUGUUAUGCGUAACCGCAUCGAGUUUGUAUAAUACUGUCAAUUACUCGCUAUGGAGCAUUUUUAUGUCAAUCCAUGACCUUCUUCUACCUUUGGAUUUGAUUUCUACUUAUAGGAUGAUUACUCUUUAUGCUUGGUCGAGAAUCAAGACGAACUGUAAGAAGGAGGAUAUCGGACAAACGAAGCUUACUUAGAACAGACUGAUGAAUGUAUUCCAAACGACCUGGC